UGGAGCAUGUCCUCCGUACUCUCAAGAAACAGUACCCUCAAAUUGCACGCGCAUUCUUCCGUCAGGAUAAUGGCGGUUGUUAUCAUUCAGGCAUGACAAUUCUUUCAGCCAAAAUGAUUUCAGAAAGAAGUGGAAUUUUCAUCUCUGAUAUUGACUUCAGUGACCCCCAGGGGGGUAAAGGAGCAUGUGAUCGAAAAGCAGCCCAGAUUAAAGCACAUGUGAAGAGUUACAUCAAUGAAGGAAAUUCAGUUACCACUCCCGUAGAGUUAAAGCAAGCAAUCGAGUCGAGAGGUGGCAUUCCCGGUGUAAGUGUUCAAGUAACAAAUGCCAAUGGUCCUGACGCUUUCAAACUGAAAGGGAUCAGCAAUUUGAACAAUUUUUCCUAUAAAAAGCAGGGUUUUCUGGCUUACCGGGCCUACAAAGUCGGAUGCGGCAAUGAAUACAAGUGGAAGUCUUWCCCAUCAGUGCCAAAAGCCUCGGACUUUGCAUCGUUCGGUGAUGAUUUGCAACCAGCUUACGUUUGUCGACGUCUUUCAGUCAGCGAUCAAAUAAGCGUGCAAAGAAUUGCCAAGAAGCGAACAAGCCAGAAGAAAGCGAUAAGGAGGAUGAAACUGACUGAGAGUUGCGAGAGUACAAGUAGUUCAGACAGCUAUGGACCAUCUCAAAGAAGAAUAUACCAUUGCCCAGAUGAAAGCUGUACCAAAACAUUCAUCAGAUAUUCUGCAUUGGAGCGACAUCUUGAGGUUGGUUCGCACAAAAGGUCUUUGGAAAAAAUGACACUUCAAGACAGAGCGAAAUUAAGUUAUGCAAAGAACCUGCAAGAAAGGUUGCAAUGUAUGCCACACUAUCGAAGCAGCAACAACCUCUUUUCAAUUUCUGAGGAUUUGAUCACGGCUGAUUGUCCCAAAGGCUGGGCCCUUAAGUCUAYGGCUUCGAAAUCACGUUUUACAGAAAAGCAGAAAGAAUUUCUUGAUUCCAAAUACAGUGUUGGAAUAGAGACUGGCAAGAAGCUCAAUGGUGAAGACGUAGCAAAAGAAAUGAGGACGGUGCGUGCGCAAAAUGGCAAUAGGAUGUUUGGCGUUGAAGAAUUUCUAACAGCGCAACAAAUAAGUUCCUAUUUCUCUCGUUUAACCGCAAAACGACGAAACAUGACAGUGAAGGACUGUACAGAUCAAGAUCGUCAAGAUUUAGUAAGAAAUGUCUCUCAAGAUGUAAUAAAGAGCCAAGAAGACCAAGGACAAUGUCGCUCGGAUUCACCUGCCCGUCAGGACGAAACGACCCCUCCAACCUCUACGAUUCGGAAAUCACGCUAUGGCAGAAUUCUUCRRAAUCGCGCUCAAGUAGACAACUAAUCUAUGGUGGUGUUAGUGUUUGACAGUAGAAGCCCUUGGAUUUGCAAGUCAUUGUUAUAUAACUGUUGAAAGAUGCAAGUGAUGCAAGUGUUUUAAUAUAAAUAAAUAUCCGAUUUUUUUUUAAAACAAAACAGGCAGUAAACAAACUGCCUAGAGCUCUUAUAAUGUAAUCCGCUCCGAACAUAUAUUUUAUGUAUUAGUAUGUAGUAGGCUAUUUCCGGUCAGCGGCUGAGAAUUGAACUUCCGGUGUUGCACUUGUCAAUAUCUGUCGAGUAAUCAACACAGUUUAUUUUAUAGCUCACAAAUAACUACAAAAUUAAAAUCCUAAAGCUUUAAGGAUGCUUAACAUGGAUUUUCCUACUAUAAACAAUGUGCAAGAGUUGAAACUGGCGUUAGAAAUGCAUUUUUCAAGGCCUCAUUUAACACAUGAUCACAUGCUUCAGAAUUCGUGAGGUAAGUCUAAAAAUGGCCAAAAAUAUAUGAAGUAACUCAGCCUUAAAUCCAUAAAAGUUACUCCUAAUUGUAUUUAGGGAUGAUUCAAACGUGUUUUAUGGCAAUAUAAGCGGAAUAAAUGAGCAAAGUUCGGAUUAUAAUGAUGUUCAUUAUCAUAGCGAUUUUGAGUGYUUACGAUAAUUCAGUCAAAUUGCAUGAGGCCCCGUCGUGAAUUUACAAGAGUCCCCAGAAAUGUUUUUAAAGCAUUGUCAUUAUCAAUGCUAGUAAAUACAGGGAAAAUAAAAGUGGCCAGAAGACUGUACUUUGGGAGAUAUCACUCAAAAUAUAUGGGUUACUUUUAGCGAUCAUAAAAAUAGUCAAAACCGUCUCUCCUCAAUACCACGAAUUUUCCUUGAAUUUUCCUUUGUUUAUUCCCAAAAGUGCCCGACUAAAACUAGAUAUGUUGCUCUACUAUCGGAGCGAGUUUGAAAUAAAAAGCCUGAAAAACAACGGAGAACGAGCUUCUUAAAUUUACUCAAUUUUUAAAGAACAUU